ACCUUACUAACAGUGCUCUAAAAAUUGAUUUGUCGUUGUGGCAGACGAGGAUCUUUUUAAGCAUUAUUUAGUAAUUAUUUGAAUUCAAAAUGAGUGGUGCUAAUAGCACGCCUCUUGGGAAGGCUCAUCCUAAGACAGGAUCUUCUCAGAAGUCGGUUUCAUCCUCUGGGAGCUCUUUAUUGAAACCCAGUUAUAUGUCGGGCGGUGGCAGCAGUAAUGGCGGUGGCGUGAUGUCCCCUCCGGCUUUGCAAGCAUGCAGCAUAGGAGCUGCAGCGGCUGCCGCAGCCAAGGCAGCUGCAGCCUUGGCCAUCAACAAAAGAGAAAGAGAAUCAUCACCCAGCAGUAAAGAUCGGGAGCGCAAUGAGAGGAAGAGGAAACGAAAAUCAAGAUGGCAAGGUGAUGAGAAGGAGAAGAUUUUCAUUCCUGGAAUGCCCACUGUCCUCCCAUCAAAUUUAACUAAAGACCAGGAGGAGGCUUACCUUUUGCAACUGCAGAUUGAAGAGAUAAGCAGGAGACUGCGCAGCAAUGACCUCGGCAUCCCUGCUAACCCUGAUGAAAGGUCGCCGUCUCCCGAGCCCAUAUACAACAACGAGGGCAAGCGCCUCAACACUCGCGAAUAUCGCACGCGCAAGAGGCUUGAGGACGAGAGACACGCGGCCAUCACGCGCAUGAAUGAGAUCAACACGGACUACAAGCCUCCCACUGACUACAAGCCGCCCAUCAUCAAGGUGUCAGACAAAGUGAUGAUCCCGCAAGAGGAACAUCCCGACAUCAACUUCGUCGGUCUGCUCAUCGGGCCGCGCGGAAAUACUCUCAAAUCCAUGGAGAAAGAAACUGGCGCCAAGAUCAUCAUACGCGGCAAAGGCAGUGUCAAGGAGGGAAAGGUGGGGCGCAAAGAUGGGCCCAUGCCUGGUGAGGAUGAACCGCUGCACGCGUUUGUUUCUGGUACCAACUUGGAGAGCGUCAAGAAGGCGGUCGACAAGAUCAAAGAGAUCAUCAGGCAGGGAGUAGAAGUUCCUGAAGGCCAGAAUGACCUACGCCGCAUGCAGCUGCGGGAGCUGGCGCUGCUCAACGGCACGUUGCGCGAGACGGACGGGCCUCGAUGCAGCAACUGCGGGGCCAGCUCCCACAAAAGUUGGCAGUGCCCUGAGAAACCCAACAUGACUCAGGGCGUUAUCUGCUCUCUGUGUGGGGGUGCUGGACAUAUCUCUAAAGAUUGCCGGCAACCUAAGCCUGGAAUGUCCGGAGGACAGGGCAUGCAUAUGGGAGGCAUGGGUGGAUCUGUUGUUGACCGUCAAAAGAUAGAUCAGGAAUACAUGAGCCUUAUGGCGGAACUGGGUGAAGGGCCUCCACCUCCUUCUUCCGGCUCCAACUCGCAAACUCCUUCAACUCCCAAUAUUAGGCCCCUGUUUGACCGCCAGCAAGGUGGGCCUCGUCCUCUGCUCAGCUUGGGACCGCCACCUCUCUCCAUGAUGCCUCGUUCUACUGGUAACUCCAUCAAUCCCUGGACCUCACCUCCUGGGUCUGGUAUGCAUAACAACAACGCGAGCGCAUCCAACGUCAACAAUCCACGAACUCUACUGUCGUCUCCAGGCUUCGGCGGUUCAUCAUCAGCUCAGGGACCUCGUCCUUUGCUAAGCUCAGGCAACAAUUCUGCUGGUCCGAACUUUGCCCAACCGCCUCCUGGAGUGCUCGGAGGUCACAGUGGCUCGGCUCCACCUCCGUGGCAACAACAAAACUCUAAUGGACCUCCUUCAAUGAUGACUUCGCAGUCGUCAAACUCGCAGUCCAAUCAGCAGCAGAGUGGCCCGCCAUCUUGGAUGAAUCAAGUCCCUCCUGGUCCGCCAGGUGGCAACAACAUGUCAGGUUCCAUGGGUUCCUCUCACAUGAACCCUUGGCAGCAGCAACAAUCUCUCCAAGGAGGUCCUCCUCCCCCGCCCCCUGGCAUGCAGCAUGGGCCUCCAGGGAUGGGAUGUCCUCCUCCUGGCCCAGUGCCUCCACCUAGGCCUGUUGGACCUCCCCCAAGCUGGGGCUGGAAUGGCCCGCAGAACAUGGGGCCUCCUCCACCAGGCAUGAACAGUCAACAGCAACGAGGGUCCAACGUUGACCUGGGUGCCCUUCUGUCUGCUCCGCCACCACCCCCUCCUUCCUAAUCAAGCUUUGCUUGCUGACAGAAAAUUGUCAUAUGCAGAAUUGGAAAUGAUUUGGUUCUGAUGAUAGUCCUAGGAACUGAUAAUAGAAUCAGAGACUUAAAGUAACUAAUAAACAAACUGGAGUUGAAUGCUCAAGAGAUAAUACCAGACUUUGUUGUCUAAAUAUAUUCUAAGUUUCGAAAGUGCAUAAACUCCUGGGUUUGUUCUGCCUUGAGUAACGCGUAAUGCUCGAUUGACACGACUUUCGCCACUUCUUUAUUCUUUACAUCACGAAGAAUAUGUGGCUGCUAAUUGAUUUACAGCUGUUAAUUGAUUUUUUAUGUACAUUAUUGAUCAAUUAUUCCUGCAUAUAUUUGUUGUCAAUUCUAUUUUUUUUGUAGAGAAAAGAUGCUAAACGAUCGUCAUGGCCCGUUAUCAUUUGUUUUUCUCACAGGCAUUACUGACUUUUCAUCCUGUGACUGAAAAUGAUGCAAUAGAUUUGAUGAACGUUGAUGAGUUUUGGGGUCGUAGGCUGUCCAAUACUGACAAAAUAAGCAAACAGGGCAAAAUUGUUAUUCCGUUAAAAGCCGAUCUUGUUCUUCUCUGAUGACGAGCUUGUUUUUCUCAGAUCAUGCCAGCAAUACUGUAAAAAAAACUUGACUUGUGUUGAUGGUCUAACGUGAUCUUCGGUCUGUAAUACUUGACGUAGCCUUAUAGGCACCUUCCACCUGCUAUGGUUGAGCAGAGACUAGCGGGUCUUGUGUCGUCUAACCUUAUAGACGACGUAAUCAUCUUCUAUCAGUACAGGGUUUUAGAAAGACUGCAGCAAAAAAUAUCCUCGACUCUAAUGAUCGUCGUGCUGUACAGAUUCCAAACAUAGUAAGCAAGAUUCUCGCACCCUGCCAGCAGUUUGGCGUGGCGGUGCCAUGGUAGCCGCGCAUGUGGCACGGUCUGCUCUGCAUCCAAUACGUUACAAACGUCCUGCAAUUGCGAGACAUAAUCAUUCGAGAAUGCAUUGUGUCUGAUGCAGCAGAUGGCGUCGAGCGCUAUUUAAAUCUUUACGUUCCUUUCAUCUAUUUGCUCAUUGUGAGUGAAUGUUUCUUGAGCGCGGCUCACUAAAACAUUGCCUCGAAACAAGAUCUUUGAUACGGUGUUUAAAAGUUUAUUACCUAAAGUGUUAAAGUUAAAAGUGUUACCUAAAUUUGCUUUAUCGAGCUGCAGGGUAUUUAUAUACGUGGUUAACUUAGUGACUGACAGUAGAUAUCGCUUCAUGGUCUCUGGUCUGAGAGAUCAUCCUACAGCCGCUCGGAACGCCCGCAUUGCCAGAUUGAGCUUUCGCGACAGAUUCCAUUGUUCCAUGGCGGCUCUUUGAUCAGGAUCGAGAUGAUGUGUAGACAGUGUAGCACGCAAUCGCUGGCAAGAAAUCAUUUGAGGUCACUCUGGCAGUUUACCUAUCCUUAUUCGACUUGUCAAUGGCAAUCAGAUCUUUGUGAAACUGCAAUGACUUUGUGCAGAAAUGGGAAAGUGCGUGAUAAGUCGUGAGAAUUGAACUAAAGGGCCGCUUGGGUCACCAGGGCGUCGCCCUUCCGUCUUUCAAACAUCUCUACUCCCUCACCUGGCUCGAGGAUUUAUAGCUCCUGCCGCACCAAGCUCACAUUGUAAGCAGCUAAUAUCUUCAUCGUGUAUACCUCCCUAAUGGACUUUAAUACAACUUCGGGGACGAACUUGAUCAGCUGCUGACCGCUGAUCGGAACGACCGUGAACUUGACAAACCUCUUGUAGGGGAGUACCGAUUGAACGUCUGAGACGGCAGCAGCUUUGCUCUCCUUGUGCAUUUUCUCUCGUGCGUUCUUGACAAUUUUCUCGUUGUAAAUCCUUUUAAGCAGAUUUGACGAACGUUAACGUACCUUUUCUGCCUAGUUUCAUUUUUCGCAAGGUGUUGCAGCGUUUCCCAUCCGGGGGAUUCCUUUUCCUUGUUGCCUUCCUGCUCGCCGCCUUUAUCCGCGUUCACGUGGAUGGCUUGCGGGUCAUGGUUAGGUCCAAGCUUCUUGCAGCGGCCGCCCUCGCCUGCACUUGGUCAUCGCUCUGCUCGAGGAUAUUGCAUUCCUUGGUAGAGGAAAGUUGGUCCCGAACAGCUUCCCCUGCGCAUGCUGUCGAGCAGCAAGACCAUUAAAGUGAGGGGAAGGCAGGCUUUGAGUAUUUUCGUUGACUUAAUAGCCGGCAUGGUGUCAGGUAGUUCCAUCAGUUAGUCGGUAAUAAUUAUAAUUGCAUUCGCUCCCUCGCUGAGCUUAUUGGGGCGCAUGUGCGGAUAAGUAGCCUCUCUUUUCCCGAUAUCUUCGAGUUGGCGGUGACAUUUAUUUAUAACAAGGGUGAAGCUACGAGUCUGCAUAUACUGAAUGCUCAUGUGGUGGGCGUGCGUAAGACCGUCGCACGAGGGAAUCAUACACUCCCAUUGCUUACCCCCAAGUUUCUGUGGGCGCUUGCGUGGCUCAGCUUUCACCGCAUUGCUGCGUGCAACAGAAAAACUCCCUUCGUCGUCCUCACUACGAGGAUGCCUCAGACUCUUCAGAUGUACUCGCCGUUCCCUGAGACGAGUCACAUGACAGGCUGGGGCCGGUCCAAACUCGUCUGCAUUUGUCCUUAUAUUUACCGGUUUAAUCUUCCUCUCUCCGCUGCAAGGAAUGAAACGAAAACGUAGCAUCAUCGUCGGCCAUAUCAGCCUAAAACACAGAUAUAGGUCAUCAAAGUCUUCAUAUAUUCAUGACAUAUUGACACGACAUGUGUAAAGAUUUCUAUCACUCACCUCGCAGAUGCAACGACGGCUGUCGUUAUGUUGUGCCUCGCCUGCACUUUUAACACAUAUAUUUCCACGCUGUUGAGGAUUGUUGGUGUUCCCCAGCAUAGUCCUCGUAUCUUCUUCAGCGAGGUACCCAAGGAAGGGCGUUUCAUGCUCCCCUUACAUCUCCAGCAAGCUGCCGUCGAGCCGAAAGAUUUUUGAACAAAUUCACUCCAUGAACAAUCGAGUCCUCAUCAUGGUCUGGGUCAGCGACCCGGUCUUCGGUCAGUUUCGUCUUCUGCGGCUCAGUUCUGGGUGGGCUUAAUUCCCCUCGUGCCAACCUUUUACGCCGGUUUGUCAUGGCCGACGGGUUGACUAUAGGGCUUGCCCUUCAAGGAAAACGUGGGCAGCGGCAUGGCGGCGAUGGCACCGGAUCGUAGCUUGGGUUCCUGACUCUCUCUUCUUGGUUUAAGGCGCCUCCUCGUGCGCCGUAGACAGAGUAUUCGCCGACGCUCGUUUUCGUUUUCUUCUCGGAGUCUUCCGAAUCCAUUUCUUCUACAUGGAGGAGGGAAAGGAAGCUGCUUCGUGAUUUGGGGUCAAGUACUACCUGUUUUUGCCUGCCGAGUCAUCGCCGAAUAUUUUUCAUCUUCAUGGUCAGCGCCCUCCCGGCUCAGCGCGGCUUUCAUAGCUGCCCGGCGGAACAUGAGCAACUUUAAGUAUUAUCGAAAAAUGAUUAAUAUAUAUAUAUAUAUAUAUAUAUAUAUAUAUAUACGAACCUAGUAAAAUCCAAGUCGGUCAAUUAAAACACCAUGAAUAUUUGUAAGGUUUCAUGAACCAGCUUUGCGACGUAACCGCUAUAUUUGGUUGCUACCGCAGCCGAGCCAUCGCAAAAUGACUUGACGAUGAGCCCUCGCUUGAUGACUUGAUGUUCGGGCUCUACAACUGUUGUGAGAAAACAACCACACAUUAGGGAAAAAUAGUAGAAAUCAAGAGAGAGAUGAUCAAAAACGACCGUGACAAAAACGACAAAAACUUAGGCAAUAAUACUGGAAAUGCUCGUUAAUCUAAUUUAAAUGAGAAAAAAUUGUGCGUUACUUUCCGCUUUUUGCACUUGGCGUUACCCGUACACCGUGAAUUGGUAAGAUGGAGAAGCCACUUUCAUCAGCCCGGUUUGGCUCGGACGGGUGCAGAAAUGACCUCAAUGGUCGCUUAAGGUCGCCCGACCCCGACCCGGUUCUCCCAAACGGGGAAGUAAGUAUUUUACCUUAUAGUUCAGCCCCCUUCAAAUGUGGCGUUUAAUUAAUUUACAGCUGUUUAUUGUCUUUUGAUGUAGAUUAUUGAUAAAUUAUUCCUGCACUAAUUUGUUUUCAGUUCCGUUUUUGGAGUGAAAAGCUAAAGGAUUAUCAUGGCCCGUUAUUAUUUGUUUUUCUCACAGGCAUUGCUGACUUCUCAUCCUGUAACUGAAAAUGAUGCAAUAGAUUUGAAUUUUGAUGAACGUUGAUGAGUUUCGGGUUCGUAGACUGUGCGAUAUUGACACAAUAAGCAAUCAGGGCAAAAUUGCCAUUCCGCAGGAAAUGCCGAUCUUCAUAUUUUCCUCAGAUCAAGCAUUACAGUAAAAAGUUUGAUUCGGUUCGGUUAUUUCCAUGUAUAAAAAAAUCAAUUUGUUUGGUUUACUUUAUGUGUCAGAAUGUGUUGUAGCGAUGUGAAGGUCAGUUUAUUUCGAUAUUCGUAAACCGAAUUUGAUACUGCAAAAUUAGAAGAGAUAUGUCCUGCAGUCCUGCUAAUUAUUCAGUUCAUUUUACGAGACAAUUCUGUCCCUGAAAUCCGCAGUGUUGACCAUUAGAGCAGAGGACUGGUGAUAUGUUAGUGAUCACAAACAAGUGCAACCACUCCACCAAAUUUAAUUUCAGAAGAGACAAGAAUCAAGUUUUUUUAUCUGUUCGCAGGCAUGAGGGUAAUAAGUGUCGUUAUAUCUAAAAUUGAUGCAUACGCUGGGAAUAGGCUUUGUGUUCUGCGUUGGCAUGCCUUUGUGCCCUCGUAUGUUGUAUUAUUGACGUGAAGCUUUUGUCUUAUUUGCCUGUAAAUAUCAAAUAAGUGAUGUAUUUGUCGUAGAACUAUAGUUGGCAUUUGAAUCACCCUUAAAAUUGCUUGCAAAUAGGAGUCGUCCAUUUGAUGACUAACAUGUAACAUAGUACAAUUUAGCAGUAAGUUAUUUCACUUGUAUGUUUUACUGCGCUGAGCUUAUCAAAGCUGUGGCCUAA